CAUCAAUUCUCCACAAUCCAAUUGAAAAAGGGAUGAUGAUGAUGAUGAGGCUGCUUGGAGUUGCUCUUGUGGUGGGAGUAAUGGCUGUGGCAGCACUGCCAGCACCUGCUGCUGCGACUGCUGCUGCUGCUGCUGUUCGGACGAUUGGUGGUGAUGAUGAUGCUGCUGCACCUCCGAGCAACCAGCCACCGCACAUUCUCAUGGUGCUCGUUGACGAUCUCGGCUGGGCAGACGUUGGUUAUCACCGAUCAGGCCCACACAAGAGCGAUAUCCAAACCCCCACCAUUGACAAGCUCGUUUCCCAAGGCAUCGCACUGGAGCGUCACUACGUGCACAAAGUGUGCUCUCCUACUCGUGCCAGUUUCCAGAGCGGGCGCCUGCCUGUUCACGGCAUUGAUGGCCAGGUGGUGCUGUGCGCCCCUCGUGCCGGCAUUCCCGAGAACAUGACAACCGUCGCCCAACACCUGAACAAGGCCGGCUAUGCAAGCCACUUUGUUGGCAAGUGGGACGUUGGAAUGGCCACACCGUCACACACCCCGCACGGCCGCGGAUACAACACCUCGCUCAACUACUUUGGCCACGCCAACUGGAUGUGGAACCAGGAUGAGUGGCAGGGAUCGCAGAACAACGUCAGCCACCGUCCGCCCUGCAAGGCACCAGACUGCUUCAAGGAUUUUUGGGACACAGACAGGCCAGCGCACAACCUGAGUGGCACGCUGUAUGAGGAGCAGUUAUUUGUGCAACGAAUCACAGAUAUUAUUGAGGCGCACGACCCGAGCCAGCCGCUCUUCCUCACCUACGCAUCAAAGGUUGCGCACUACCCACUGCAAGCGCCAAUUGAAUACCAGCAGCAGUUUGCCAACAUCGAACCCCCGUCCCGUCGCGUCUACCACGCCAUGGUGAAGUAUCUUGACGACAACCUGUACUACAUCACGACGCUGAUGCAGAAGAAGGGCAUGUGGAACAACACGCUCAUGGUCUUCUCCAGCGACAACGGCGGGCCCGUCAUGGCCUUUGACGGCGACUGCGACGCAAGCCACCCGUCGCGCGGGUACAUGUGCUACAACGGCGAGGCCGGCGCAAACAACUACCCGCUCAGGGGCGGGAAAUACUCGUUCUUCGAGGGCGGCAUUCGCGUGAACGCGUUUGUGUCUGGCGGUCUCAUCCCCGCUGAUCAGCGCGGAUCAAACAGAACAGGCAUCAUGCACAUCGCAGACUGGUACGCCACCUUCUGUGCGCUGGCCGGCGUCGACCCAACGGACCACAGGGCAGCAGCCGCCAAUCUCCCGCCCAUCGACUCGCACAACAUGUGGCCGUACCUCGCUGGCCAGGCACGCUUCUCCCCGCGCGACACUGUCCUCGUCGACAGGGAUGUCCUCGUCUUUGGCGAUUACAAGCUGCUGCUUGGCGCGUCCAACCCCAUGGCAAACUGGAGCGGCCCCGCGUACCCAAACGCCACCACCGCCACCAGCCCCAUCAGCCGCUACACACUCAACUGCUCAGACCCAGGUUGUCUCUUCAACGUGGUGGAGGACCCUGAAGAGCGACACGAUUUGGCCGAGGAGAAGCCAGACAUUCUCAAACUUAUGAAGUUCACGCUCACAGAGCUCGCCAAGUCAAUCUUCCCAUACAACCCAGGUCCGGUUGAUCCGCAGUGCAUGAAGACGGCAGAGACGAAAUACGACGGCUUCUACGGGCCCUGGCUCAACCUCGAUGGCUGAUGAAUGGUGAUGAUGACUGGUGAUGCUGAUGAUGAUGAUGAAUGGUGAUG